AAAUUGAUUGAAGUUGUUUCUCGCAAAUUGAGCGUCAAAAAUUUUGUUGUUUUUGUAUCAAACCAUUCCCAAAAAAAAACUUAUUUUCUGUUACCAAUAUUAAAUCAUGGAGGUCAAAGAAUGCAACGAUUUGGCUGAGGAAAACCAAUUUAUUGUGGACGAUGUGAGUAAAAUCAUCAAAGAAGCUAUUGAAAAUUCCAUUGGCGGCACUGCAUAUCAGCACAAUAAAGUGAAUCAAUGGACUUCGGCGGUAGUGGAGUCUUGUUUGGGUCAACUGACGAAGUUGCAAAAGCCUUAUAAAUAUAUAGUUACAUGUACCAUUAUGCAGAAGAACGGAGCUGGCUUACAUACUGCUUCGUCAUGCUUUUGGGACAACAACACGGACGGCUCUUGUACUGUGCGCUGGGAAAACAAAACUAUGUACUGCAUCGUGUCCGUGUUCGGACUUGGCAUCUAACAUUAAAUUUAAUCUUGGAAUUGUAAGUUAACUCCAGCAUCGGUUGCAAUUUGAUUAUGCCUUGCUUGUGAUUAAGAAGAAAAAUAUUUUCUGUCCAAUUGCACUAUAGCAAAUCUCCAGUAUAAUGCAAGUAAUGUUAACAGCAUAAAUAACAUUGUUUUCAAUAGAUGAUUGUUAAAUCAAAAUCAUAAAUAAAAAUAUAUGUAGCUCUUGCAUAGACAAAAUAUAGUAUUACUAUAAUAAUAUGAAUAAAUCAAAAUCAAUUAGGUACUGUAGCAGUCAAAGUAAACAUUGCAUUUAUAUAAUUUUGUUUUAAAAACUAAACAGUAAACACCAUUAAAUGACAAUAUCUUCUUUUAUUAAAUUCACUUAUUAAUUCAAAACACUUUUCACUUAAUGUUCAGUUCAUACAGGCUUUCUUAGUCAUUACUUAAUUUUAAGUAAGAUAGGUUAUAUUUUCAUACCUAAUAAAUAUGUCUAAAACUUA